CCGUCUUGGAUACUCACUCAGUUUCCACAGUUGAGAAACAUCAACACAGUAACCCGGGAAAAGGACAACCUCAGAGGCGGCUAGCGCUAACCUCUUCUUCUCUCUUUACCACCAAUCUCACAGCUGACCUGGAUUACACUGGGUUACCCGGACUAAACACUGAGACAACAACAACAAUGGGUGCAUGUCGCUAGGAAAAGUUGCUAGCUUAGUUAGCACAACUGUUAGCUAACACUGGUUUGCUAACGUUAGCUAGCCGGCUAAAGCUAAAGCUAACGUUAGCAAACAAGACAGCUGGAGACGAAACUAAAGAAGAAGUUAGUUUGUUUUCUCAUCAUGAGGACGUUCAGCAUGAAUGUGGACAUCUAGACACGUCGGAUUGUCUCCUUUAAGGUGAAUGAGAGAGAUGAGGAGCAGCAGGAGGACUGAAGUGUCUAAAAGCUCUGCUCAGCAGCUUACCGAUCACAAUAUUGGCACAGAGCUGACAACUGCAUGGAAAAGUUUGUCUCAGUCCAAAGCUGCUUUGCGGCAUAUAGAAAACCGUCUAGAGGCAGCUCCAGGGACAGGGGUUCUCCUGGACUCUGUCAUGGACCCCCCAAAAAAGAAAUCCUCCAGGACGGUCCGCUGUAGGGAUGGACAACAAGCUAAUGAGAGUGGAGGGUCUUCAAAGCGUAGAGGACGAAGUCAGCAGAGUCCAGAAAAGAGCAGCUCACGCAGUCCACUGAGAAACGCCACCCAGGACAGCAACGUCCGCAGGAACACAAGUGUGGAGUUCAGGGAACCGCUUGCCUCCUACAGGGAGGCCACCCCUCCACCACAUCCCUCCUCUCAGCUGGAAGCCUACAGUCUGCAUUCAGCGCCAGGGUCUUCGUACCCAUCCUCGCUGCCUCCCUCAGAUCCUCUGCUCAGCCAGCUGGUCUACCAGAGAGACACCAGGGACAAACAGACAGACAGGGACCUGGACAGCACACACUCCUCGGCUCUGGGGAGCACGGAGGUCCGCUACCUCAAUGACCAGCCAGCCCUGGACACCCUGAGGACUACUGGAAACCAGUCAUAUCUCACAGGUGUGAGAGUCCCUGCAUGGGAGGGAGCUGAGGAAGGAAACACUCCAAAAGCACAACUUGGCAUGGACGGCCAAGAGUCAAGCCCAUGUCUAGCCCCAGGCUCCACACGCCGAGGGGAGAGCACUCCCUCCACCAGCCCUGGCUCAGCUUCCCAGCGGUUGGAGAACCUCAGGCGACAUCAGCCUGACGAUAAGCUGGAGAAGCUCAAAGAGCGUAUUCGAAGGCAGAGGCAACAUCUGGAGGAGGCUGCAGAGAGAGAGAAACUGCUGGGUAAUCUGGAGCAUCCCAUUAUAGCAGCUGUGGGGAGUAACAAUGCUGGUACUAGCAACAUGCCCACAGCCAAAGUACGGAAAGUAGCAGCUGCACCGCCUGCACCUAUAUACAAAGGUUUCAACAGUACUGAAACAAAGAUCCGGACUCCCGAUGGGAAGGUUUGGAAGGAAGAGGAGUUUCAUAACCUCAGCAGAGAAAUAUACAGAGACCUGUCACGACAGUUUGCUGAGAGCACCAGAUCCAGACAUCAGCAGCAGAAGGAACAGAGAACAGACAGGUCCAAAGAGAGGAGGCCUCCCAAACCAGUCAGGAAGGUCCACAGAGCUGCCCCUUCCUCUGAUCUAAAUGCAAAACCAGUGAUUAGCCCUGCGUCCUGGAGGGAGGGCCAGAAGCUGGUAAAGAUGGUACUAGGUCCAGUUCCCAAGGUGCCCCGGGAGGAGGACAGACCCCAGCCAGCCGACAAACUGAGCAGAACAGCUUCCCGUCACCGUUCCAGUUCAGACCCACGCUCCGAAUCAAACCCACGGCCUCGCACUAACAGCACAGAAAGGCGUCGUUGUGGAUUUCAAUCCAAAAGCCACUCCACAACCACGCCUACCCCCUCAUCUGCAGAUCGGGACAAGGCCCCAGCGGGUGUUAGCACGGACCUGUUGUCAGCAGACAUCCAGGGGAUACUCGAUGACCUUCAGCUGGAGUGCAAAGCAGUUGAGAUGGAGGAGAGGGCCCGGCAAAGGUCCCGGGGUGGGAGCAGUGGGAGGAGAGGGAGAGGGGGAUCAGGGUCGCGAACAAGGGCUCCAGUCUCUGUUUGGGGAACUAGUGUGGCAACGGGCAGCUCCUCGAGAGGCUGCCGCAGCGCUAGCCCCACCGCACACCAACCAGAAACCGCUGAGUCUGGGCACAAAAAGCGACACUACGAUGCAGACACUGUUCGCCAGUACAUUUCCAGGCAACAAGAGGAGAGGAAGAGGCGUCAAGCGGAAGAGAAGAGGGCACUGAGGGAGGAGGCCGAGAGGAGAAACCAGAGACUGCAGGAGCUCUACAGGAAGCAAAAAGAAGCGGCUAAAACAGUGGUCCUUCCCAGCGAGGUGCCUGUGGCCCCAGUACAAAAGCGACUACAGGAGACGUACACCAAGCUGCUGCUGGAGGAGGCCCAGCUGGGCGAGGAGGCCACACAGACGCAACCUGCUGCUCCUUUUAGUCAAAUGAGACCGAUGUACCAGCCCUCAGGAGAGUCGGACAAAGAGAACAAAAGACUGGAGACACCGCAGAGCCCCUCGAGCAGUGACAGGUCUUUGAAUGAUCGGCAACGUCCUCCAUUAUCCAGGAAUGAUUUGGAUAUUGGAGUUGCCUCUCUGCUUCAGCCGGAUCGUCUGAGCCCAGCCGUUGGACCUACGACUGGCCCCAGCAGCAGUCACCCUUUUGGAGACCAUCUCCUCUCUCAGCUUCUCAGGCUUGAGACCGCGGUGGCAGCUGGUGAAGUCAUGCACACUGAGCGGCCAGCCACAGCUCCUUCGAACAGGUCGCGGUCCAAGAUGUCCCGCAUCGAGGCCAUCAAGGCUACAGCCGCGUCCCUCUCCAACCGUAUAGAGAGUGAAGCGCGGAAGCUGGCUGGGGAGGGGAUCAACUACGGUACUGAAACUUCAAUGGACGUGGAUGCUAUUAGGCCCUCUCAAGUUAAUCUUGAUGAUGGAUGCUGGGCAGAAACGGCUGCCACAGGAAAUGAUGACGUAGCGUUGAGGAUCCAGAGGAUUUUGACUUGCACAGGUCAUAGUUCAUACAACGGCACAGAUCUUCCAGGAGCAGGCAACCUGCACGCCCUCAGGGGACUGAAGGAAAAGAGAGGCACACACACCAGUUUGAUCAAUCCACAAACAGCUUCUGCUGAUGUAACAGGGCCUGUUCUUAACAGUUAUACAUAUGAAAGGAGCAGGCUAGUCAAUGGAUUGGAUCACAUAGAGAGACUACAUAAAACGGAACAAAGGAGAGGGUGUGGAUUGAUGGAGGACAAGGAUAAGAAUCGGACAGAUCUCCACGACUCAAGCGCCGGUUCCCUCAGCGAGGGUCCUCUUCUGAGUGAAGGCAGUUUUUCUGAGGACGAGGCGAGCCCUCCUCACCGCUCCAGCAAUCGUGUGCCUAGACUGGCAGAUCGCCUGGAGGCAGUGGACUACUGCGCGGGUCAAAGAUGGGAUUACCAGCGGUUGUCAGAGUUCCAGAGGGAGGCAGCGAGGUGCUCGGCCCUCAGCUCACCCUUUGCACAGCAUGACGGCAGCAAAGCAGCCUGGGAGGAGCUGAACAAAGGAAGCCCUCUAAGUGUAAUCAACAUUUUCACUAAGAAUCUUCAUGGCCAUGUUACAGCGAGUGAGAGGAACUCUCCGUCUGCCCAUCCUCUGCUCUCUGGAAAUAGCCCCGUAGACGCAGCCGUCUAUGAAGAUGACUUUGUGUCAUCACAUAGCAGCGGAGCCAGUGGCCAGUUAAAGAGAGCCUCCAAUUCACGCAGCGUGAACAGUCAUUUUGAGGAGCUGAUAAGGAGGUCUCCUUAUGACAAAACUACAGGAGGCAUCAAUUCCCACCAGUCAUCCUUUCACUCAUCUAUUCACUCACCGCAUCUUUCCUCUGGUUCAACAUCUGUCUCUUCGCCCUUCUCCAAGAACUCUGCCAGAAAAAGAGGCACAGCAUCAGACCAGAGCGAUGCCACUCUGGUGGAAGAGCAGAGGAGCUCCUGCUCACCUCCCUCAGAUGCAUUAUCCUCUGACUCCAGGAAGAGGGGCUCAGACAGAAGCUCUGCCCACAGCCAGGCCAAAAGUGUCCAAUCUAAUGACACUAUAGGGAAAACUUCAGGGCUUUCUCAACAAAGUGUGGGCCUUGACAGCAAGAAGUCACCAGCAGCCAGGCCCAAACAGACUUCUCCAUCUGGCUCUCCGUACCCUGGUUCUCCUCCAGGAGCAGACUCUCCCAGUGAGCCUGUGAGAGGUGGCUCUCUGGGGGCAAAUAACCCAAACACAGGCACCACAGCUCGCAGUGGUAGAGCAGAGACCACAGGUGAACUACAGUAUUCACCUGCUGCUUUGCAGCAGCGUAUGGCAGCAGAGCUCCAGUACCUGGAGUCCAUCGAGGAGUCGGUCCGACAGCUGGGCGACGUGGAGAGGGUGAUGGGUGUGUCCAUGGCUCAGCAGGAGAGCGUGUCAUUGGCCCAGAUGCUCAAGGCCAGGCAGCAGAGUCAUGCGCGUGACCUCUACGAGCUGAAGAUCAAGGCUGAGAGGGAAGCCCUGGAGACACAGCUGCAGCUGGAGGAAAACCGGCAGAGAGUGGCCAGGGCUCACAUACAAAUGCAGGAAAACUUGGCGGCAAAUCAAAAAGAGGCCUUGGAGGGCCUCCAGGAGGCAACUACAAAGAUGAUGAGUCAACAGGCUGAGGCAGCGCGGUACACGGUCGACACCGCCCGACACAUCAAAGAGAUGACAGAAUUGGCGCGGUCGCAGGUAGCAGGAGCUUUGGUCGUCCCCCCUGAUGUUUCUGAUUCCUCCAUGUUGGACGAGCGGGAAGAACAGCAGAGCUCCUAUUCAAAGCAGCGACAGGACAAAAAUGACUCUGACAGCUUCCCUAGUGAGGUGUCAAGCAGAAGGACCAGGACAGAGGAGCCGUUGUCUUCGCUGAACAGCCUCAGUCACUCUGACUCUCUGUCUUUCAGAAGACCCAACGUCAGUGGUGCAGACUCUAGCAGCCACCAUAGCCCGUCGCAUGCCUCGUCAGACCACAGAGAACGGACGAAAAAACAAGCAGUAGAGGGGAGAUUGAGGAAGGGGGCGGAGAGGAAAGCAGGCAGCAGCUCCAUAGAGGAGGAAGCUCUUACAGCAGCAAACGACUCCCUCUGCAGUGACAGCAUCGCCUCUGUAGUGGAUGAGAAAGGAGACAGUACGUCAGUGGCAACAGAGUACUCCAUGAAGUUUGAUGAGUCCAUGACAGAGGAUGAGAUAGAAGAGCGCUCCUUCCGCUCUCUGCUGCCGUCUGAGGCUCACCGCCGUGGAACUAUGGAGAAGAAGUCACGUCACCACGAGGAGUCAGAGGAUGAUGGAGCCAGUCACAACAUGCCAUUGGUUUCAGGGGCACACAAUAUCUUAAAGUCUCAGGAUUCAAACAUGGCCUUUUCUGGCGGACAGGACAGCUUCUCCCAGUUCACCAUGGACAUGGUGCGUCAGUACAUGAAGGACGAGGAUGUGAGACUGCAGCACCAGAGCUCUCUGCUGCAUCUUCGUCAGAAAGCAGUCAAAGAGAAGACCAGAACUGAGCUGGCCUGGCUGGAGCACCAGAAAAAGAGGCUGAGGGACAAAGGAGAGGAUGACAAAAUGCCGCCCAUCAGGAAGAAGCAGAGGGGCCUUCUGAUGAAACUACAGCAGGAACAGGCUGAGAUCAAGCGACUUCAGGAGGCCAACAAAGCAGCCAGGAAGGAAAGACAGCUGUUGUUGAAGCAGCAGGAGGAGAUUGAGCGGAUGAGAAACUCUACACUCAGACUGAAGGAGCGUCUCAAGUGUGCUGGGGGUGAAGCGCCACCUGAGACUCCUGUGUCAGAAACCCCUGUGUCCGAGGCAGCCUCUCCCAACACUAGACAUGCUGAAGACAUCCGCAGCCCGUCUCCCUCGCUCUCCAUCUCUGGCAGUGAGACCAGCAGCAUCAUGCAGAAGCUCAAGAAGAUGCGCUCACACAUGGAUGAGAAACACUGCUCUCCUGUCCACUACUUCCUCUCUGUGUUCACGGCCCACCACUGGGCCUCCCUCAGUGUCUGUCUUCCAAAUCUCCACCCUAAAUUCCAGCUCUUUAUCUACAACCAGUUGGUCAGGUUCCUGACAAAGCGGGAGCAGCAGCUGAUGCAGAGGCGUCACCAUGCCGAGGAGCUGCUGCAGUGGAAACAGCGUCUGGACCAGGAGGAGGCAGAGGUCCGUAGGAUGGAAAAGGAGGCCCUGGCUGUAUGGGACAGACGAACACCUCGGGACACGGCAGGGAGUCAGGAAAAGGAGAUCUCCGACAUUAGCCCCAGCCCCAGUCACCAUCAAAGCUCAGAGCCCAGAACUGACAGUGAGAAAGAGUAUGUGAGUGAGGGCGACUGUUCCUCUGCGACACCUGAGUCCAGUAUACACACAGAGGGACCGGGGUCCCAGCAACAAGGAAGCUCAUCUUCAGUUCAACCUGCGUUGAUCCCUGAAACACCUUUGGCCUCCGUGCAGAGCAGCCCUGCGAAUUACAGCCAGGACUUCAGUUCAGCUUCCCAGUCAGCUAGCAGACAAUCUCCCCAGUCUCCACUCAAAGGCAGCCACAGCCCUGCUGCCUCUCCUUCAGAUGGCAGCAGCAAAACCAAGAUGCAACUGCGCUCCUCCUCCCGGACCGCCAACCAGGCCCGCACCCAGCCAGCUGAAUCCCCCAUGCCCACGCAGACUGAACCCAUUUCAGACCAGAGUGACAUAGAGAGCCGUAUCAAUGCCCUGAAGGAAGAACUCAGAAAGCGAAAGUUUAUGGCCUACCAGCUGAAGAAAGAGCAGAAGAAGAGGAACAAGGAGCGCCUGAAGGCACAAGAGGCCAGCCUACUGAAGCAGCUGGAGAACUAUAACAACUUCAUUGAGAAAACUAAGGCGGAAUUGAACAAGAAGCCAGACUCAACACCUGAUACAAAGUCCCAGAUCAAAGAUUCCACCUCAAUCGCAGAGCAGUCCAGUAUUAAACCACCUGCUCACAGGUCUGAAACCAGCAACAUCUCUGACUCCGAAAGGACACAAAUUGAUGCUUCAUUAGAUCACAAUGCCCUUCCUCAACCUGAUCACAGUAGAUCCACCUCAGUGCCUGAAGAAUUGUCUGAUGAAGACCCACCGACCGUCACUCCAACUCCAGUAUACGGCAGCCCAGAGUGUCCGCCCUCAGGACCGAGGAGCCACCUGUCCACAGAGGGGCUUUUAAGACCUUCCUCUAAGGCACAGAUGAUUGAGUCUGGGGAUGAGAACAUUGUGUCGUAUCAAAGAUCUGACAUUCAGGAUGAGCUGGAGGUGGAAGUGAGCUCCACAUUUGAGGAUCAACAGUCUGAACGUCUCCUCAAACUAGAAAUGGAAGAAGAGAAGCUGUCUAAAUCGAAACAUGUUUCUUCUUCCGUCAGUGAAGAACAUGUAUUUGUUAGCCUAGAACAAGAUAAACAAAUAAAGACGAGGGAAACAUCUGAAGCUGAGGAAGUUGCAAAAUCUAAUAUUAUCUCCUCCAAGUCACAUUCGGCUGCAAUGGACCUCAAAACGUCACCUCAUCCAAGCUCUGCAUCCAGUCACCAUUCCUGCUCUCCUGACUCGGUCGCCUUCUCUUCAAAGAAGGAGGCACCCAUAAAGGAUGUCGAGGCCUCUUCUCCCAUAGCAGAUGGUUAUCACGAUGACUUUGAGUCUUCAGUGGAUUCUUCACCCAGGGAGGAGCGUCAUAGCUCCAGGCCUGCCUCUCAAAUCUCAGUUGCCCCUACUGAGAUCAAGGCCUCGAGAAAGGACUCCCCUAGCAGAGCAUCACCGUAUGACAGCCAGGUUGAGGAGGUUGAGGAGGAAAUAGCCGAAGAACUGAGUCACCAUUCAGGGACUAGUGGAGCUAGCCACUUAUCUGGGAGACUGCUGGAUCUUCAUAACCACACAGAAGACUCCAAAUAUUACAAGGAUAUUGUUAAUUCCAGCCACUCACCACCCAUCUCUCCUCUGCAGACCCCUCUCUCUCCUGUCAGAGAUGAAAUGCCAAGUUUUACCAUCGGCGAUCGGGUUCUUGUUGGUGGCGUUCAGCCUGGCACUCUGAGAUUCAAAGGUCCGACCAGCUUUGCUAACGGCUACUGGGCUGGCGUGGAGUUGGAUAAGUCCGAGGGGAGCAACAACGGCACUUACGAUGGGGUGGUGUACUUUGAAUGCGACGAGAGCCACGGUAUCUUCGCUCCUCCAGACAAGAUCACACACCUGCCGGAUAAGUUUGAGGUCUACACAGACACCACGGAGGAUGAGGACUCGUCCUUUGAUGGUCUGUCAGAUAAAGGUGGGGAUAAAAGUAAAACGGAUGAGCACAAAUCUCCAAAACAAGGAAAUCUGAAGAGUGAAAAUGAACAAACAUCUAAUAAGGUCCAUGGAGAUAAAAAGGUUACAGAUGAGUCUAUUCACAAGACUGGAUCCCACCUCAAUUCACAGCAUUACAAAGACUUUCCCAUUUCUAAUGGCAACACUAGGGACAUAAUGUUGGAUUUUGAAGAUGCACCAACCACCCUUCUCAUCUCUGAUAUGGACAACAUUGGCCUGAGGAAGCAGAGUCAGAAGGACAUCAUUACUACCCUUGUUGAGAGAGAAGAGAUAGACUCACAGCACCAGUUUAGUCCUGCCGAUCUUUCCACAGAUAUCAGGGAUGAUAAGGGACAGACACAGAAGGACAGAGACUCACUGGACACAUUUGCAGACAAGCUCCUCAACAACUUUGUGAAAGACACUUUGACGCAGUUUGCUGAAAUUAAAAAGGCUAAAGAGCAGAAGAUAGAAGCUGCCAACCAGAUGAAUGGAGACCUGUUUGGUGAACAUGUUGAAGAAGAAGAAGAUGGUUGGUUCCCUUCAGUGCAACAAAAAGACGGUCUACCUUUCUUCCUACCUACAGAAAAAGAGGAGCUGUCUUCUCCAGAGCUGUGCAACCGACCCGAGAGUCCGGUGUUGGGGGCCAGCGGUCAGGAAGAGCUCGCCAAGCGACUAGCAGAGCUGGAACUGAGCCGCGAGCUGCUAGAUGACCUGGGUGACGAUCAGGACUGGUUCGAUGAGGACUUUGGCCUCAGCUCCCGUAGAGAACAGCAGAGACUCAAACAAAGAGAGGAAGAGGAGGAGGCGAGGCUGGGGAGUUUUGACUCAUCAGCCGGCGCAGUUCUGGGGGGGCUGGUCUCAUUAUCAGGUGGGGAACAGCAGGUUAAGACUCCACCCAGACCUGAGCUACCUCUCCCCUUGCCCCCUAAACUACCUGAGCAGCCUGCCAUGGUGGUGCCCCACUCAGCCACAGAGGUGGAGAAGAUGGUCCAUGCAGCCACUCAGGAGAUCUGGGAGAGCUGUGCCCUGGGGAAGGAGGGAGCACUGACCCUUUCACAACUGCCCAACCCCAAACCUUCACAAGAAUAUCUGGGGAAAGAGCCCAGCAGCGAGGACCAAGAGGCCCUCUGCAUCCGCAGCUACAGAAAGGCUGUGUAUGACCUGACGUGGGAGAUGCUUCAGGAUAUCUAUGCUGAGGACCCCAACGCCGAUCAGCCUCAGUGGGUCAAACCACGGCGAGUCAAGUCCUCCUUCUUCCACAGAGUAAAGACACCAGGAGACCUCACCAAAAUCCAGGAAUUCAUCUCCGCAGAAGUAUUGAAACUGUACGGUCUGACGAAAGAUCACAGCCAGAAGACUGACUGGCAGAAGAUGCUCAAAUUUGGCAAAAAGAAGCGAGACAGAGUCGAUCACAUUCUGGUUCAGGAACUCCAUGAGGAGGAAGCCCAGUGGGUCAACUAUGACGAGGACGAGCUGUUUGUCAAGCUGCAGCUGGCAGACAGCAUCUUUGAUGCUUUGCUGAAGGACACUGCAAACGUGCUGACGCUAAUCUAUGACAAGAGGGCCAAAAGAGAAAACGCCCUCUCCUGACAGCUUUCCUGCUUAGAUCUUAAACUACAACCUCUAGCUCAAUCCCAGUCUUUCCCCACCCCAGUGAACUCCGCCGCUCGGUCUUCCACCAGCUGAUGUGCCAAUAGCAACCCUCAGAUGCCUUCAGUCCCAGCAUUACCUCUCCGCUAAACAACUCCUACUUAUUUCUGUGACAUUAAUUUGCUGAAUUUUGCUCCAGCUAACUGUAGUGGUUAUAUACUUUGUUCUACACACAAAACGCCUCUUGAGCAAUCCAGCCUUCUUAAACUUUAACCACCACCUAGUCUCAGUUCUCACCUCCCGGACUGGUCCUUUUGUAAACGCCAGCUGGAGAAUGAGUAGAUGUUUCGAUAGGAUGUACUGUGUGCGCUAUUUGUCUGCACUUAAGUCCAUUAAUGCUGCUAAAUUGAUCGUUCCAUAUGGGACUGUAAUAUAAAAUCCACCUGGAACAAAAGUAGGUUAUAUUUUGCAUUGAAUCUUAAAGUGAAUAUAUAUAUGGAUUCAAAAAUUGUAAACAGAGUAGCAGAUAAAGAGUAUACAGGGUAGUCCAUAAGUGAUUUGACAGUGACACAUUAGUGUGUUGGCUUCGUAAUCCAGUUCAUUGAAAUUAAACAAUGACUAUGAGGUUAAACUUUUUGUGUAAUUUGAGGGUUUUUACAUCCAUGUUGGGUGAUCAGAACCUCAUUUAAGGGGUCUGUAUGCCUGCCUUAAAUUAAAAAAAAAAAAAGGCUGAAGUCUGUGACCCAUAGAGAUUGUAGCCAUCUUUACUUCUUGCUUGUUUCAGGAACUUUUUCCCUGAGGUUUGGUCUUCAGGCUCUUCAUCUGUAUAUUUCGAAUCAUUGUCCUGCUGCAUUGGCUUUAAAUUGGGGGACUAUGUCUACAAAACACUUUAACUUUAUUAUCAUUGUUGAAUUUUAAAUCCAAUGUGCUGGAUGAGAGCUAAAACAAUCGAAAUUUGUCUCAGAUCAAAUAUUGUCAGACUACGUUGUAUUGGAGCGUCACUGAGAUCAGAUAUUGUAUGAAACAGUUUGCCUCCAUAGUUAUAUUAUUUAUUGUGUGAUUAGAGGAGUAAGGAACAUUGUGAAUUGUAAAUGAUCUUGUCAACAUGUAGAGAACAGAUUUUAACAUCUAAUGAAACUGUAAAAAGCACAAACAGAAAUGUGAAUGUGAACACAGCAAUAUAUUACAUAGGAGGUUUAAUGGACGCUAUUGAAACCAGAAAAAGAACAUGGGGAGAAAACUGUUUUAAUAUUUAAACGUUGUAGUGUUAAUGAUUCAUUGAAAAGUGUUCUGUGUGACUUUUAUUGUGGCCACAGCUGUCCGGUUGGUCGACGUGUCCCACUUUUGCACUACAUGUACACUUAUGUUAUCUCAUACAAUCAGAAAAGAAAAUGCUUGUCCAAUGAUUUGCGGUUUAUUACUUUUUCUGUGCUCUAACUGAAGCUUUUUCACCCCAUUCAACAUUGUUUUUGUUUUAGCAUUUGGGGAGAAACAUGUCCAAUUUUAGAUUUCAUUUGGUCUUUUUUUUAGCGUGUAAACACACUACAUACACAGAAUAUAUAGUAUGCAAGUGGGACACAAAAGAUUUGAUAUUUUCAGAAUGGCAUCAUAAGACAGAACUGAAAUGCUGGAUUUGAGCCUUACUUAUCCUACAGUCCAUUUUGUCCACCUGUGGAUGUCUUGUUUCUUCAUCAGUUGCCCUGGUAAAGUUUGCCAGCUGAACAUUUGCCCAACAACCAUCGGGUCUUGUAGCAGCAUGGUUAUCUGCUCCACUUGUUGCUGUGAAAGUUUUGGCUCCACAGCAAUCAGCAAGCUCAAACCAGCCGUCAGAAUGUAGCCAGACAACAGAGGUAGUCUUUCAGUUUAAGUGCCUCUUUUAAGUUCAGUUGUGGAUUUGUAACAAACUUUGUUGAUGUCUCAACAUCCUUUGGACCUAUUUUCUUUGAAUGUCUCUUCCAACUGCUGUACCGUUUUGUAAACGAUCCUUAAAUGACUGCUCUUCCUUCUAAACCGGUUUGCCAUUACUUCAGUUUCUGCCUUAUCAAGCUUUCUGUAUUGAAGCAGAGUUGAGAACGUUUUUUUUAAACCUUCUCAUUAUUCUGUGCCUCAGCCUGAGGAAAUGUUUGUCAUGCUAACAGCUCACUCUUAAAUAUGACCUGCUUCUUCUCCAUGUCACCCUGCCUGCUGCAUCUGUGCAAAUAGACACAGUUGAGUCAUUUUAUUGAUAAACUGUAUCAGGAACUAGAUUGUCGACACUCCACCUCCACACGCACAGUGUGAGUCAUAGAGCUGAUGAGACUGAGCAUGUAGGACUGUAUCCAAGGGCUUAUUUGAGUCCUCACUGAUCCAACAAACUGUGUACAAACUCAUAAUGACAUUAAUCUUCACUGACUGUUUGGAGCUAAAGUGACCUUAAAACUGAGUCUUUUUUUCUACCGUCAAUGUUUUAAGAGUUGCUAAUGUUCAAACUGUAAAUUAUAUAAUGUAGAAAAAGACCAAAAACAUUUGACACCAACCUCUCCAUGCUGUAUGACUUGUAUUUCUGGUCUGUAGUAUGUAACUGUAAUGGUGACAUGAUUAGUACUUCAGAAACACUGUUUGCAAAGCUUUAUUGCAAACCUUCUAGGAUUGUCCUCUUGAAUUGAUUGUAUGUGGGAGGAAGUUGAGUUCCCCUCUGUAACUAUGCAGUACUUGGUCUUAUGCAUUGCUUCAUAUGUAUGGACCAAACAGCUUAGAUUUCUGCUGUAGUCUGUAGAUUUAGGACGGAGUUGCUUCUAUCUGCUGGUCUGAGCUGACCUCAGACCUCUGACCUUUGCUUCACUGGGAGAUGGAGCAACUUCACCUUUUAAUAGAGUUUGAUGCGAAUAACUGAAUUAAAAAAGUCGGCACAAAAGAUUUGAUUAUCAAAUUAACCCAGUCAGACUAGAUUUCAUCUUUUGAAAUGUUUAUGAAUAUUUAUAAUAAUGUGCUGUGAGUGUGCGCCAAGUGCACUUGAAGACUUGUACAAUUCUUUUAUGGGUGUAAAUAUACUGUCUAUCCUAUCUGACCCACUGUUACUGUAACCUGAACGAUUGUUGUAAGAUAAACACUGUUUACUUUGCAAAUAUGUGCAAAAUAUAUAUUUGUUAACUAAAUGAACUUUGAAAUUAAAUUUAAUUGUAAAUAAAGCUUUCAUUGUUUGUAAAGGAA